AUGGCGUUUUACGAUGAGGAAGAAACAAGCACUCGACUGAAGGGAGCACUGGACCUCAAUGAACUGAGAAAUCCACAAGGCAAAGGAGUGGAGUUUGAAGUGGAUGAGAAUGAACUCAAUAAGCUGGGAGUCGAGGAGGAAACAAGCAUGAACAUCUUUGACAGGAACCAGUUGGUGUCCAAUAUCUGCUUCAUGUCGGACGAGGAGAACAGUGCAUCUGAUGAGGAGGAUGAGCAGUGUCUGACAGAACUGGAGCGUUUAAAGAAGAGGAUGCUUCAAAAUAAAAACUCUGACCUCACCCCGAAAAAAGACGGGGGAGUUUUAAAGCAGCUGAAAACGCCAGGAGUUGGCAGUGUCAUCCCUGAAGGGGCUCUUGUGAUGAUGCAUUUUAAUGCAUACACUGACAUUGGACAACCUCCAUAUGAUAGUACACGACUCAGAGGUCAAGCAAUGAAGUUUCGAUUGGGCAAAGGGGAAAUCAUUCCUGGAUUGGAGCUGGCUUUGCUGUCCAUGAAAAAGCAUGAGGUGUCCAGAUUUCUCAUCCAUCAUGAUUAUGCUUACGGGAAGAUGGGAUGCCCACCACGUAUCCCAAGAGAAGCUACACUGAUAUUUGAUGUAGAAAUACUCCACUUUGUGGAGCAGGAGGGUGUUGAUGACUACUAUUCUCUCACGCCAGAUGAACGCAAGGGAAAAUUCAAAUACGCUGACAUUGAAAAAGUUGUUAAAGCAGAAAAUGCAGAAGCGAUGGAGUACUUUGGCAACAAAAACUACUUGAAGUCACUGAGCAAGUAUAGAAGGGCUCAGAAUGUUUUAGAAGCCUACAACCUUAAAAAUGCAGAUGAAGAAAAAAUGUGGAAAAAACAGCUUCUGAAGGUCUAUGUGAACUGUGCCAUUUGCUGUCAUAAUCUUAGCCAUUUUGGGCGCACCAUUACUUAUUGUAAUCAAGCACUUGACUUAGACAGGAAGUGUGUCAAGGCUCAUUAUUUCAAAGGAAAGGCACUCCAUUCUCUGGGUAGUUUCAAGGAUGCCACCACAAGUCUGAAAACAGCCCGCAAUCUUGAUCCUAGCAACUCAUGCAUUUCAAAAGCACUGCAAAGCCUGGCAAGAUCAAUGAGAGAGCAUGAGUUGUUUGAAAAAAAUAUGUAUUCAAAAAUGUUUGGUGGUGGAAAUCAAGCUUCUGAAUCUGGACCUCUACCAUCUCAGGCAGACGCAGACAAGAAAGAUAACGAAAGUGAAGGUCUGGAAUAUGGAACCUGUUCUGAUGCAUUCAGGAAUUUAGUCAGGGAACAGUUUGAAAAAUUCCGGCAGGAUUCAAGUAUGACAGAGAUGCCUUUUCCAGAGAUUCAGAUGACACCGGCUGAAAUAGAGUGUAUUUUAUCCACAGCUGCUGACCUUGAUAUGAGUGUGAAAAAGAAAGGAACGGGAAGUGCUGUACGGUACGAGGUCUACAAAAAGAGUCCACAACCAGAGUGUAACCAGAAAUAA